AUGGCAUCUCUGUUAUCUCCUCGCAUCUUAUUAGCACACUCCUUCACUAAUCCAAGGUCGCUUUCUAGGUUUGCUGCUACUUCCUGGAGAUGGGUUAAUAGUACCCCUUCUUGGGAGAUCAAGGCUAGUCAUGAGAAUAAGAGAGGAAUAAAUGAGUCGUCGUCGUUUGAUUCUGCUUCAUUCGAGAAGACAGUUGACGUGGAAAACACGCAAGAGAGUAGUGUUGAUUUCUUCGUUUGUGACGCAGAGGGUGAUCCAGAUUGUCCUACUCGAGGUUAUUCCUCUAUCGAACAUGCUCUUCAAGCUCUACGACAAGGGAAGUUUGUGAUCGUCGUUGACGAUGAAAAUGGGGAUGUUCAAGGGAAUCUGAUCAUGGCGGCAACUCUAACUAGUCCAAAAGAGAUAGCCUUUAUGAUUAAGAAUGGUUCCGGGAUUGUCUCAGUUGGGAUGAAGAAAGAAGACCUCGAAAGAUUAAACCUUACACCUGAAAUGGUAGAUGACGAAGAUUCCUCUGCACCAACUUUCACCAUCACCGUGGAUGCAAAAUCAGGAACAUCAUCAACUGGUGUAUCAGCUUCAGACAGGGCGAUGACAGUUCUUAGGCUUUCGUCUCUCCAAGCUAAACCAGAUGAUUUCAAGAGACCAGGUCAUGUGUUCCUUCUCAAGUACAGAGACGGUGGAGUUCUUAGGAGAGCAAGUCACACCGAAGCUUCAGUAGAUCUUAUGAUAUUGGCUGGUUUACGUCCCAUCUCAGUUCUUUCAGCCAUUCUUGAUCAAGAAGAUGGGUCUAAGGCUUCUCUACCUUAUAUGAGAAAGCUUGCUUCCGAACAUGACAUUCCCAUUGUAUCCUUGACUGAUCUUAUCAGAUAUCGAAGAAAGCGAGAGAAGCUUGUUGAGAGAGUCACGGUGGCUCGUUUGCCUACCAAAUCGGGUCUUUUCCAAGCUUACUGCUACCGAUCAAAACUCGAUGGAAUCGAGAAUAUCGCCCUCGGAGACGUCGGGAAUGGUCAGGACAUUCUGGUACGAGUACACUCAGAGUGCUUAACCGGAGACAUAUUUGGUUCGGGAAGGUGUGAUUGUGGUAAGCAGUUAGAGUUAGCCAUGGAGCUAAUCGAGAAAGAGGGAAGAGGAGUUGUUGUGUAUCUCCGUGGCCACGAAGGAAGAGGCAUUGGUCUUGGUCACAAGCUUAGAGCUUAUAACUUGCAGGACCAAGGACACGACACUGUUCAGGCCAAUAUUGAACUCGGACUAGCCAUUGACGCUCGUGAUUACGGUAUCGGUGCUCAGAUCCUUCGGGACAUAGGAGUGAGAACAAUGAGGCUGAUGACGAAUAAUCCGGCCAAGUUCACGGGACUGAAAGGGUACGGACUCGCGGUAGUUGGCCGUGUGCCGGUGGUGACAACAAUCACUAAGGAGAACAGAAGAUACAUGGAGACAAAACGCAAGAAGAUGGGUCACGUUUAUAUCUCUGAUAUCGAUCAGCCUUUGGCAUGA